UUCCUGAGGCUCCGCCCACGCCGCACGGCCGGGGAGUCUCUGACCUAGUUCACCUGAGCCGGGCAAGGGACAUGGUGACCCCGACGCGGGGUGCGACCCGGCAAGACCAACGACUUCAUGCGAAACGCAGGGCAGGUCCGGUCCAGCGCUCUGAGGCUUCCGCGGUCAGAAGCAAGGCGGAGGUGCUGUCAUUAGUUUCAGGCCAGUGAAAACCUGCCGGGCCUAUACCGACAUGGGUGAGGCCAGUAGAGAUGAGUAUAAAAUCCAGUCUUUUGAUGCAGAGACGCAGCAGCUGCUCAAGACCGCGCUCAAAGAUCCAGGUGCUGUGGACUUGGAGAGAGUAGCCAAUGUGAUUGUGGACCAUUCUCUGCAGGACUGCGUAUUCAGCAAGGAAGCAGGGCGGAUGUGCUACGCCAUCAUUCAGGCAGAGAGCAAGCAAGCAGGCCAGAGUGUCUUCCGCCGUGGGCUCCUCAACCGCCUGCAGAAAGAGUACGAUGCCCGGGAGCAGCUUCGAGCAUGCUCCCUGCAGGGCUGGGUCUGCUAUGUCACCUUUAUCUGCAACAUCUUUGACUACCUGAGGGUGAACAACAUGCCCAUGAUGGCCCUGGUUAACCCUGUCUAUGACUGUCUCUUCCAGCUGGCCCAGCCUGAGAGUCUGAGCAGGGAAGAGGAGGUGGAUUGCCUGGUGCUGCAGCUGCACCGGGUUGGGGAGCAGCUGGAGAAGAUGAAUGGGCAGCGCAUGGAUGAGCUCUUUAUCCUAAUCCGGGAUGGCUUCCUGCUCCCCAUAGACCUUAGCUCCCUGGCCCGGCUGCUGCUGCUGGAGAUCAUUGAGUUCCGGGCAGCUGGCUGGAAGACCACUCCUGCUGCCCAUAAGUAUUACUACAGUGAGGUUUCUGACUAAGCUAGGCUCCACCCGCCUUCCUGUGACCCUCCUUUCAAGCUGGCACCAGAAUCCUUGCCCUGGUCCCUUCUAGACUUUUCUGACUGCUGCGGUUCUGCCCUCUUCCCUUCCCUCACUCGGAGUUGUAGAGUUGGCUGAAGACUGUCCUGUUUUCCUCUGCCUUCAAGCCCUGUUAGCUUCCCACCACCUUCCAUCUGGGCCCAGCAGGGAAAAUCAACUAACAAACACUGAACUGUGUAACCACUGGUGCAACACAGCCUUGGUGCCUUCGUUUUCCCAUCUGUAAAACGGGCAAUUAGAGCCAUUGGUGGAGUGCUUUGGGAUGUUCAGGGCAAGUUACAAAGAGAAAGGGUGUUUUAUAUAUUUUAUAGAGACUUUUGUGGAGAUAAGCCUGCUUCCUCCAGUCACAAGUGACUGCCUCAUCUAGUUGGGAUGGGGGUUUUCUAAUAAAUCUUUUCUGAAACCAAA